UUCUUUUUCGUCUACUCAAAAAAUUCAAGUUUUCCUCCUCCUCGCCCACUAAAAUAACAGACCAAUAAAUUUGUAGAGAGAGAAAGUAUUUUUAGAGAGAGAAAUAAAAAGAAAUGGACGGGAGCAGCAGCGCAGGAGGAAACGGUUACAGAGUAGAAGCAGAACGGGGGUUAUCUAUAUCAGUGAAACUCUUAGCCGCACGUGACUUGCACGGGGCUAAGAGCUUUGCGAUCCGAUCCCGAGAAUCCGACCCGAAACUCUAUCAAUUCGCUGACCAAAUCAUCGCCGUUGCCGACACUCUUCUUGCCGGAGAGUUAUGCGUUGAGAACAACCACUACUAUGAUUACUAUACGAUUCUCCAACUUGGUCGGUUUACUCAGGAUCUCGAACUCAUUGCGAAUCAGUAUCGGAAACUCGCCUUAUUGCUCAAUCCGACGAGUAAUACGCUGCUCUUUGCUGAUCAGGCGUUCGAGCUUGUGUCGGAGGCUUGGCUCGUUAUUUCCAAUCCUGCUAAGAAAGCAAUGUAUGAUCAUGAGUUGCAACCGAGUCAGCUCGGUCUUCUUGUGACUCAGCAACUGCCACCUUCACCAUUUCAACAGCAAGCGCCGUAUGCUCCAGAGCCGAUUCGGCCAGUCCCGCUGUUCACAACGCCGAGGAUGCCCGAGUCUUCUGUUCGGUUCCCCACUCAGCCCCAACCCUUGGAUUAACUUCGGCCGCAAACUCAGCAAAGAAACCACCCGGAGCCAGCUUGGCGACAACCUCAGCAGAAGCCCACUGAGCCAACUCAUCAGCCUCCCCCGCUGAAGGCCGCUACUGAGCCAACUAAGCAAUCAACUCCUCAGCGGAAGCCAACUGAGCCAACUCAGCAACCUACCCCGCUUAAGGCCGCUACUGAGCCAACUAAGCAGCCUACCCUGCUGAAGGCCGCUACCGAGCCACCAAAGCAGUCAACUCCGUCCAAGACUCCCAAGGAGCCAACUUGGCCAGAAGUUGUGAUUGGGCUAACUCGAUCAGUUCCAAAGCGGAGUGUCGCUGGUUCGACCCGGCGAGUGACUAAGCUCAAAGCUCCCACCACCGCUGCUGCUGUCAUUGAGACAACGCAUGUAACUCCGUCAGCUAGGAAGACGAGUACGAGUGAGCCAGAGGCACCGAGUUUAUGGACUGCGUGUCCUUAUUGUUAUAUACUUUAUGAGUAUCCAAAAGCUUACGAGGAGUGUAUUCUGAGGUGCCAUAGUUGUAGGAGGGCAUUUCAUGCUGUCAUGAUACCAGCACCGCCGGUGACUGGUAAAGAUGCAUGUUUUUGCUGCUGGGGAUUUUUUCCAUUGGGAUUUUCUGGUAAUAAUGAGAAAGGAGCUAAUGGUUUUGGUAGUAAUUGGUCGCCAUUUUCGGCAAUGUUUGCCACUCCAUUCCAAGCUGGUGAUGCUGUUCAUAGUGGUGGUAAAAUGUAUAAUAAAUCGAAGCAAAAAGUGAUAUAUAAAGAUGAUGUGUAUAUAGAUAUCUCUGACCCAAGUGAAGAGGAGUCUGAUUCUGGUGAUGAGUGGGGUAGAAAUAUGAGAAAGAAGGCAAAAAAUGCCAAGGGGAAAGGAACUCUCGAUAAAAAAGUGAAGAAAUUGCCUAAUGAAGGACUGAAGGAGGCGGGGGCAGGGACAGGAAAUAUUCAAAAUUUGGAUAGUGAUGGCGGGGGUAGCGUGCCAGAGGAGGUCGUGGGAAAAGGGGAAGGGAGUAGCGGGAAGAAGAAGGCUGCAAAAGAUCUGGGGAAGUUGGAUUUGAAUGUGAUGUUUAGUAAUGAGGUGGAUGAGGCUGCGCCUGGACCAAGUCAAAGGAAUGGGCCUGGGAAUGAGGAGGAGGAUAAUAUUGAAGGGAUCGGGUUUUUUGAGGGUCUUGAUGAGUUUUUGAGUACCGUGCCCAUACUUUCGGUCGUAGGGGAUGAUAUGGUGAAGGCUACUUUGUGAUACUUUGAUGUUGGUGAGGGUUUGGUGGUCGCAAGUAGCAGUGCUAAAAUAUUCAGUUCAACGAAUGACUGAGGUUGACCAGCUCCUCAACUGUAUAUAAUACACGAGGAAUAUUCUGUGAGAGGGGAAUGAGUUUCCUAAAUGUGACGUCGUCAUGCAACCCUUAUUUUGUGAGCAGUGAAGUUGGGACUCCUUUGAGCUACUCAGGUACCAUCUGUUGCUCUCACUCUUGUACAUGAGGUUUCCCUGUGAAGCACUGCUCCCAAUGCAAUUUUUAAUGCCCGAACAAUCAUUAUUGUCUAUUUAUGACAGUUAAUUUCUUUGAAGUGUAGUUUCUGAGCCAUUAAUCCAUCUUGUUAUUCGUAGCCUCAUUCAGUUUUAUCCUUCCCAUUUUCUUGGUGCUACUCAACGAGCAGCCUGUUUAUGCUGUGCUACUCACCGAAUUUCAUGUAUGUUCAUUUACAUCAUUGCAUGCAGACCAUAUCCUUCAUUUUUUGCAUGCCCUGCUCAUGAUCUGAUCUAGAUAUUAGCAAACCAUUCACAGAGUAUUGAUAAUGAUUUCCCAUCCCUCAACUUCUUUUAUGUGAGAGGUAUGAUCCAGCCUGUCAUCGGUAAGAUUCCCUGCUUUCAUACAGGGUAACAACGGCUUCCGUGCCCGGUUGCAAAUUUUAUUGACUGAUCCAUUGUGUUUUUUUUCAUACACACACUCCUACGUGCAAAGGAUGAUCUAUCCUUCCUGGUUCAGGCCUUCAGGGCAAUAACAACAAUUUCAUUGGUUCAAUCCACACCCUUUCAUUAUAUAUUGGGUCCAUAUGUAGACACGCACACCAUUUUCUUUCAGUUGCAUACAUAUUUUAGCCUCCUAGCUUGGUUCUCUUUGUUUAAUGGCUUGCUGCAUGAUUAGCUGCUAGAGAUGAAGAAAGUUUUACAGUGGACUGGAGGAACUUGUUAAAUAACAGGGAGUUGCUUCCACUGUAUGUAAAAGUGAAAUGAUGGGUUCCAUGACUCUUCGAUCUGUGGGGCUUAGAAUGAUUCUUCUUGUGUCUGCAUCUCUCCUUGCUCUUGCUUAGUGCCCGCAGCAGCAGCAAUACUAGUGCAUGGAAGUAAAAUGUCUGUCUACAUACAUGUUACUAGCAUCUCCAUCUUUCUUUUAUUCAUUUUACAUGCUCUUCAAAGAUAGUGCAGUGGAUGGGAAAAUUUGUGUUUCAAAUUAAUUUUAACCAAAUAUCAAUGUGACUUGAUACCUUUUCUUGCUAAAUCAAGUUUGUCAUGUUCUGUGG